AUGAGCGGCAGGGUCGGCGACCUGAGCCCCAAGCAGAAGGAGGCGCUGGGCAAGUUUCGGGAGAAUGUCCAGGAUGUGCUGCCCGCCCUGCCGAAUCCAGACGACUAUUUUCUCCUGCGCUGGCUCCGAGCAAGAAACUUCGACCUGCAGAAGUCCGAGGCCAUGCUCCGGAAGCAUGUGGAGUUCCGGAAGCAAAAGGACAUUGACAACAUCACCAGCUGGCAGCCUCCAGAGGUGGUCCAGCAGUACCUGUCAGGGGGCAUGUGCGGCUACGACUUGGAAGGCUCCCCCAUCUGGUAUGACAUCAUUGGUCCCCUGGACGCCAAGGGUCUGCUCCUCUCGGCCAGCAAGCAGGACUUGCUCAAGACCAAGAUGCGGGACUGCGAGCUGCUGCUGCAGGAAUGUGUCCGCCAGAGCGAAAAGAUGGGGAAGAAGAUAGAGACCACCACCCUGAUCUAUGACUGCGAGGGCCUGGGUCUCAAGCAUCUCUGGAAGCCGGCCGUGGAGGCCUACGGAGAGUUUCUUUGCAUGUUUGAGGAAAAUUAUCCCGAAACGCUGAAGCGUCUUUUUAUUGUUAAAGCCCCCAAGCUGUUCCCUGUGGCCUACAACCUCGUCAAACCGUUCCUGAGUGAGGACACUCGUAAGAAGAUCCAGGUUCUGGGAGCAAACUGGAAGGAGGUUUUGCUGAAAUAUAUCAGCCCCGACCAGUUGCCUGUGGAGUACGGGGGCACCAUGACUGACCCUGAUGGAAACCCCAAAUGUAAAUCCAAGAUCAACUAUGGGGGUGACAUCCCCAAGAAGUAUUACGUGCGGGACCAGGUGAAGCAGCAGUACGAACACAGCGUGCAGAUUUCCCGGGGCUCCUCCCACCAAGUGGAGUAUGAGAUCCUCUUCCCGGGCUGUGUCCUCAGGUGGCAGUUCAUGUCGGAUGGUUCGGACAUCGGUUUUGGGAUUUUCCUGAAGACCAAGAUGGGGGAGCGGCAGCGGGCCGGGGAGAUGAGGGAGGUGCUGCCCAACCAGAGGUACAACGCUCACCUGGUGCCGGAGGACGGGACCCUCACCUGCAGCGAUCCUGGCAUCUAUGUCCUGCGGUUUGACAACACCUACAGUUUCAUUCAUGCAAAGAAGGUCAGUUUCACCGUGGAGGUCCUGCUUCCAGACAAAGCCUCAGAAGAGAAGAUGAAACAGUUGGGGGCAGUCACCCCAAAGUAA